AUGCCGAAAUGGUUAUUCCUUUAUAACUCUAUUCACUUAUCUAUUUCCUCUAACCCCGCUUAUCUCCCUCCGGCCAGCGAUGUUCCCGUGCACACUAUCACAGAACUUAUGUACCAGGUUGCCCAAGGAAUGGCCUACCUGGAGUCCUGUAAAUUCGUGCAUCGUGAUCUGGCUGCCAGGAAUGUACUGCUGGUGACACGGCAUUUCGCCAAGAUAAGCGAUUUCGGCAUGAGCAAAGCGCUCAACUUUGGCAACGACUAUUACCGAGUAACUUCUGACUAA